UAAGAAGUAAACUUCUAACUACACAUGGGGGCGGCAGGGGGCUGGGUCAGCUCCCGCGGACCUCUCUCCGGAUUCCCUUGAUCGAAUUGCAGGCCAUACGGCGUUCAAGACCAAGAGGAAUAGCAUCGUUGAUCUGCUCAACAAGCUUGGCUCACCAAUCCUGAGCAAGUUGUGCAGGAUUAAACCACGAGGCACCCUUUCUGCUACAUAAGAAAAGAAGUUGGUCAUGAUUGCUAGUUAUUACGCAAAGAAGACAGAAGAAUCGAGCAUCUUAAAAAUAGCGCCAUAAUGGGAUAUGUAAAUGCAAGUAAAGCUCUUAAACUCACGGAUAAAUCCGCAAGGGCACCAAAGGGAGAGCCGAAACACGAGCACAUGACUAUAUUUGGUCCAGCGAGCACUUCCAGCACCACCACUGCCUUCUCCCCGCCAGCUGAACUACUACACGUUGAAUUGUGCUGACUGGUCCGGGGCACGAUGCAGGAGAUGCGGGGGCCGCGCCCUGAGGCGCGUGAGGGUGCCCUCAGGUCGCUACUCAGCUCUAUCCAGAGCUCUGUGUUCGUGAUCGGCUCGGCGCUAGUGGUCCUGGCUGCCUUCAGGAACACAAUCACAUGGCACUUGCAGCAGUUUUGGGGAACCUCUGGAAACUUGUGGCAGUCGAUCUGGGAUGAAGUGUACGACUUCUUUGAAGGGGACCAGUACAAGCUAGUCAUUUAUGGGACGCCGAUCUUCAGUCUGACGGUGUUCUGGACGGCCGGUAUCGUCUACAUCGCGAUGGACGUGCUGCUGAAGCCUGAGCAGCUGCGUCGCUACAAAAUGCAGCCGGGCACCAACGAGCCGGUCGACACGCGCCGCCUGCUGCAGGCCGUCUUCUGGGUCCUGUUCAACCAGACGAUAGUCGGUGUGCCGGUGAUGAUCGCGUUCUUCCGGAUUCUGGAGCUCCGCGGCUUCGACUCGGGCCGCGAGCUGCCCACCUUCCAUUGGGUGCUGUUCGAGCUGGCCGUCUGCAUUCUGGUGGAGGAGGUGGGCUUCUACUACACCCACAGACUGCUGCACCAUAAGCUGGUCUACAAGCACAUUCACAAGUGGCAUCACGAGUGGACGUCUCCCAUCUCGAUCACGGCGCUGUACGCCCAUCCGGUGGAACACGUGCUCUCCAACUACUUGCCGAUCUUCCUGGGCGUGCUGGUCAUGGGCAGCCACGUGGCUACCUCUUGGCUCUGGUUCGGCAUGGCCAUCCUCUCCACCAUCAACGCCCACUCGGGCUACCAUCUGCCGUUCUUCCCCAGCCCGGAGGCACACGACUUUCACCACCUGAAGUUUAACCAGUGUUUCGGCGUGCUGGGCGUGCUGGACCGCCUGCACGGCACGGACGACAAGUUCCGCCAGCAGCCGAACUACCAGCGGCACGUGAUGCAGCUGAGCCUGGUGCCGCUGCGACAGAUGUACCCGGAGCCCGAGAAGAAGGGCGCCAAGGAGCAUUGAGCGGCUGGGAAGCGGAUGCCGAGGACAAGCUGCCCUCGGCGCCCUGAAGGCCAACAGAGUCGGCUUUCCUGUGCUGGCCGGUAGCUGCGAUGCCUGUGAUUAGGCCUCUAACAGAAGCUUGCUGUUUUCCCGUCAAUGGAAUGUCGGAAAUCCCUGAUAGGCAUAGUAAUAUGGUACAUAUUGAUUCUGUCGCGCCAGGUUUGUAGCUAAAGCUAGCCGACUUCCCCGGGGUCAUAUAUGAGGAACAUUAGGCCACUCGUAAGGAAAGGCCGCCCCAUAUAGGCGGCCUUUCUUCAGCAUCUCACAAACCUUAUAGGUUUGUGAGAUGCUGUAAAUCUAAGUUUUUAAAGACAUUGGGGUCUGUGCUGCAAGACAAUUAUUGUAUGUGUUACCAACACCAGCCCGGUCAUCCUGCGCUUUUGUUGGAAGAUGCGCUGAAUCUUUCACAUAAAAUGUACCGGCAAGUUCUAUAUUUUAUUUAGCCCUUAUACUUGCAUUGGUAGCGCACUACGUACCCGUGACACGGCUUUAUGCAGGUCAUCAAGGUGCAAAAAUCACAUCCUGGUCGGUGAUUCGUUGAUGUCGAGUUGUCUAUGGGGGGAAAGCGUUAGACAACAGUGUGAUUUUGCAUCAGGCAUUGCGACGUGAUGAUGAGACAUACGUGUCGCACAAAUCCAAUGUUGCUCGUGUCUGGAGCCGGUCUGUUUCUGGGGUUGACGUUGACACCACACGCCACCCUCUGAGGGUAGCGAUAUGACUGUCACGUUAGCUUCAUCUGCGCAGUCGACGGUCAGUUGGUCACCACCGGCGUGACGUGAGACACACGACUUGGGCAGAAAAUCACCGGCGCCGGCCUGGUGGGCCCGCUACGGUGUUGACGCGUUAGGACCGGACGCCAGAUAAAGCCUCAUAUCAAGUCCUGCGCAGAACAUUGGUGGCGGUGCGCAGGCCUGUCUUAGUUUCACCGUUCAGUGUGCUUUUCUUCGCUGUGUUUGAUUACCGCUUUAAUACAUUAGUCAUAC